AUGGAGGGCAACUGGAGAUCGGAGAUCGAUCGACGGAGGGCAACUGUUGGCAACUGGAGAUCGGAGAUCGAUCGACGGAGGGCAACUGUUGAUCGAAGAUCGUCGGAGAUCGAUCGACGGAGGGCAACUGUUGAUCGAAGAUCGGAGAUCGACGGAGGGCAACUGUUGAUCGAAGAUCGAAGAUCGAUGGAGGGCAACUGGAGAUCGGAGAUCGAUCGACGGAGGGCAACUGUUGGCAACUGGAGAUCGGAGAUCGAUCGACGGAGGGCAACUGUUGAUCGAAGAUCGUCGGAGAUCGAUCGACGGAGGGCAACUGUUGAUCGAAGAUCGAAGAUCGAUGGAGGGCAACUGGAGAUCGGAGAUCGAUCGAUGGAGGGCAACUGUUGA